AUGGCAUCAGCAUCUACUAGUUCAAAAAAAGAAGUCAUACCUGCUUGCUCUUUUUUUCUUACCAAAAAGAAACGUUAUUGUCGUUUCAGACCGUGUAAUGAUCAAAAAUAUUGUUCGGAACACAUAUAUUUGUUAAAUGAUGAAUCUGAUCGAAAAAGAAUACCAUGCCCAUUGGAUCCGAAUCAUACAGUAUAUGAAGACAAUGUUGACACACACAUCAAGAAGUGCAAUAAACGUCAACACACAUUACCACCCUACUAUGUUGCAGGAAUUAAUUCAGGAAACACAGCAAAAGAAAAGAUUCAGGAAAACAAGCUGACUGUUUUGACAGCAUCAAGCAAUGAAAUCUCUCAAGCAAUUACCAAAGUUAAACAGCUUUAUCAAAAAUAUCUUUCUGGUAUAAAAAAGGAAGAAUUAUGGCAUGAAUGUAUGACAAAAGAAAUGGCCAAUCCUUAUUAUGGUAUUCAAGCUCAACGCCAAAGGAAACAACAGGCAUCUCUUGUAAGUCAUUUGGAAAAAAAUUAUUUAUUAAAGACUGGUUCUAUCUAUGUGGAGUUGGGAGCCGGCAAAGGUCAGCUCUCUCACUGGGUCCAAAAAGCUACAUCUGAUGAUAAAAAUUCUUUGUUUAUCUUAGUAGAAAAAGGCCAUAUCAGACACAAGUUUGAUCGACAACAUCAUUAUGAAGAAGGUGGUCCAAAGUUUCAGAGACUCAACAUCGAUCUGGAACAUUUAAACUUAGCAAAAGUGGAAGACAUUGCAAACAGUGAACAACCAGUAGUGGGAAUGGGUAAACACCUUUGUGGUGCAGGCACCGAUUUUGCAUUACGUUGUUUGAUUGAGUCAAUGAGAAAUAAGCAGAAUAUUAUGUCAAAUUCUGAAACGAAAAUCAGUCAUUCCAGUCAGCUGGCAGGUGUUGUAUUAGCACCUUGUUGCCAUCAUCGCUGUUCUUGGACAGCCUAUGUUGGCAAAAAAUUCUUUCAGGAGAAUAAUCUAACCAGUUCACAGUUUCACCUGAUGUCCAGUAUGUGCAGUUGGGCCACUUGUAGUUGGAAAGGAUGGAGGGAACAAGAGAUGACCAACUCAAAACACAAUGACAUGCAAGAUGAUGCAAUGGAAGAUGCAAUAAAAGAAAAUGAUCAAUUCUACAGUAUCAAUGAACACGAGAACAACAAAGAUGAACAAAAUUUGGAAUCCAAAAUUAGGACAAAUCUGAAAUUUUCUGUUGAGGAGCGUGAACAGAUUGGUCGCAAUUGUAAAAGACUUAUUGAUUAUGGGCGUUUGCAAUAUUUGAAGGAAGCUGGUUUGGAGGUGUCUAUGAAAGAAUAUAUUGAUGGAAAUUUGACACCAGAAAACAUUGUCCUUAUUGCUAAAAAUGUUUUAAAACUGUGCAGCUGA